AUGAUGAUGAAGAGAGUAUCUUCCGACAACUGUGGAUACGUUGGAGCUGCGUGGGAGACAGUAAAUGAGAGCAAAGAGACAGUAAAUGAGAGCGUGGAAGACAAAGGUCUUGCAGGGAGCAGCAAGAUACAGAGGUCACACAAAGACGUCAAACCAUCUAUCUUUAAGUUCAUAGGAGUAGAUACAUUUAUUGGCAUUGUUUACGUUAGAAUUAAAUGGAUUUUUGAGAAAGCAAUUGCGUUUUGGAAACGAAUUGCUGCUUAUUUUGGUUCAAGUCCACAGCUUGCCGGUUACCAAAAGAGAGACACAACUUGCUGUAAAUCGAGGUGGGGGAAGAUUAAUGAGGGCGUGUGCAAGUUUGUUGGUUGCUAUGAUGCUGCAACCAAACAAAAAUCGAGUGGCCAGAGUGAGGAUGAUGUACUGAAGAUGGCUCAUGACAUUUUCUUCAAUGAUUAUAAGAGCAAAUUCACACUUGAGCAUGCAUGGUUGGAGUUGAGGCAUGAUCAAAAAUGGUGUGGAGGUCUGGCGAGUAAAGAGAAUGUGAGCUCUAAGAGAAGAAAGCUUGAUGAUCAAUCACCACAGUCAUCAACGUCAGUGCCAUGUAGCCUUGGAGGAGAUGAACCAACGGCUCGGCCUGCUGGUGUCAAAGCUGCGAAGGGCAAAAGUAAAGCGGCUGUGAGUAAGGGUAAGACUUCUGAAGCAGAAGGGAAGUUGUGUGUUGACUUUCAGAACAUGUGGGAGAUCAAGCAAAAGGAUUUUGUAUUGUGA